AUGACUUCAUCCUCAACCACAUAUCCGAAUCCAUGUCCAUUACCAGAUACUCAUCUGAAUAUUGUGAUCCAUAAUCUGUUGCAAGUAGUGUUUGAAAGUCCGGUUCGGUCCGGUUUUUUGAUGCCCAGGGGCGUUAACCGUAACCGUAACCGGUCUGCCUUUUCCCCAGAAGUCAAAAGACCAGACCGGACCGCAAAAAGACCGCAGACCGCGGUUUUUUGCGGUCUAUAG